AUGCACGUAAUUCUGACCCAAAAACAAAUAGAGUUCCGCGGCUCCCAUGCCGACCCCCCUCCCCCAAUGCUCCCUGCCGCGUUCCGACGCGCCCGCCACCGGCCUCCUCCGCGACCGCUGCCCCAAGCUCCCGCUCCCUCCUUCCCCCCUCCAAGCCCACUGCCCACCAACUUCUCGACUCCCUACGCCGUCUGCGCCUCCCAAGGCUUCGAUCCUAUCGAUCAAUUCCUCCCUCCCCGAACCCUCCCUCGUUCGCCGAGCCGCCGCCACCUCUACCGCGAAACCCUACUAUCCCUCGCUUACGUCCUCAAGACUGCGCCCGGCCGCCUCCACGACCUUAAAUCCCUCGCCUUGGACGGUCUCCGCGCCGCCCCCCUCGCCCGCCUCCUCUGCUCCUUCCCCCGCCACCAGCCUGCCCUUGCCUUCUUUGACGCCGCCCUCCCCGAUCUCUCCGCCGACACCGUCAGCUCCUGCUGCGAAGCCGCCCACCUCGUCGCCACCAUCGGCGACCCCGCCCUAAAGCCUCUCGCGCAGGACCUCCUUGCCUCCCUCCUCCGGCGAAUCGGACCCGGUCGUGCCGCCGAGAUUAUUCAUUGGAUCGACCGCCACCAGUCCCACUACCCCGCCCUACACUUGGUCCUCCACGGCUUCCUCGAUGCUGGAAUGGCUUCGGAAGCUGUGGACGUCUUGGCGCGGAUCAGGAAACAGGGGGAGAUUCCGAGCCUCACGGCAUUGGCGAUCCUCUUACGGUUGCUAUUUCGAGGGGGUGAUUCGAGAAAAGCUUGGAAACUGUUCAAGGAUAUGAUCGGAAGAGGCCCCCGCCCAAGCUUCAGGACUUUCAAUGCCAUGAUUCUUGGGUCGUGCCAGAAAGGGCACGUCCGUGUGGGUGAGGGGCUUCUACAAGUGAUGCCAAGGUUGCAUUGUGAGCCAGAUGCUUGUAGCUACAACAUCUUGCUCAAGGCACAUUGUAUUUACCGUCGGACUUCAUACGCCUUUGACUUGUUUGAUUCAAUGCUCAGUUCAGGAUGUGCUCCUACAGUUGUGACAUAUAGUAUACUGAUCGAUGCCUUGUGCCAUGAAGGGAGGAUGGAGGAAGCAAGAAAACUUUUUGAGGAUAUGCAGAAAGAGGGCAUCCAGUCUAAUACGAUUACUUACAAUGUUCUCAUCGAUGGGCAUGUAAAGGCCGGGCAGAUUGAUAAAGCAAAAAUGGUUUAUCGACAGAUGAGGGAGAAAGGAUUCAUGCCCGAUUGCUACACAUUCAACAUAUUAGUUGCAGGCUUCUAUAAGUUCCACAGGGAUUGGGAGGAUGAGGUCACGCUCUUGUGUGAUGAUUUGUUUAAACCAGAGUUGUGUUCUGAUGGGUCGAUGUUGGAUGUAUUGGUUUCAAGGUUUUGUUGGGAUGGACGGUUGGAUGAUGCCCGAGAGCUUCUGCAGAGUGCGGUUGAGCAGGGCGUGGCCAUCAGUGUUGCUGGAUUUAACUCAGUUAUCACAGGCUUUAGCAAGGAGGGUCUUGAAGAAGAAGCUUUUUGUUUGUAUCAGACUAUGAUGGACCUCGGCCUCUCUCCCUCGGUUUCCACUUGCAAUGCCUUGAUCAUUGGCUUGUGCAAUAGGGGAAGAUUGCAGGAAGCCAGGGAAUUAAUAAAUAAGAUGACAGAGAAGGGUUUUUUUGUGAAUGUAUCUGCUUUCACAAUCUAUAUAGAUGGUUGUUUUAGAGUAGGUGAUGUCACGGCCGCUUUGAGGUGCUGGAAUGAAAUGGAGAGACAAGGGAUACAUGCAGAUGUGGUUGGCUUUUCGGCAUACAUCAACGGCCUUUGUAGGGCUAAUUACAUUGAUGAAGCACAAAAGGCUUUCUACGAAAUGUCUAGGAGAGGACUAGUCCCUAAUAAUUUCACCUAUAAUUCUUUGAUAUCUGGAUUUUGUAGAGUUGGUAAUGUAGCUGAGGCAUUGAAACUUGAGAGGGAGAUGAGACAGAAUGGCCUUUUCCCUGAUAUCUUCACAAGCAACAUAAUUAUUGAUGGAUUAUGUAGACAAGGCAGGAUGAAAAUGGCAAACAACAUGUUGAUAGGAAUGUACACUAACGGCUUAGCCCCAGAUGUUGUAACUUACAAUACUUUCAUAAAUGCAUACUGUAGGGCUUUUGAUAUGGUUAAUGCAGUCAGAUUUGUCAACAAGAUGUCUUCCGAUGGUUUUGAACCAGAUAUUUUCACAUACAAUAUAUGGAUCCACAGCCUCAGCACCAACCGUAUGAUGAAUCGAGCCAUGAAGAUGCUAGAUGAGCUUGUCUCAACAGGUUUUGUUCCAAACACAAUUACCUAUAACACUUUCAUGAAUGGUAUUUGCUGUGACAUACUUGAUCGUGCUAUGAUUUUGACUGGAAAAUUGCUUAAGAUGGCCUUUGUUCCCAAUGUUGUUACUGUUAACCUGUUACUUUCUCAUCUCUGCAAGCAAGGGCUGGCAAAGAGGGCCCUAAUGUGGGGAGAAAGACUUUGUAAUGUCUCCUUCACCUUUGAUGAUGCCACACAGAAUAUAUUAGACAGGGCCUGCAGAGAUGUGCAAGAGGGUGCAGAAAUUCCUGUGGAGUCAGGAAAAGGCUUAUUUUUGGAAUUUCUUAUGCGGAUUACUUAUGAUUUCUUAUGCAAGAGCAGACAUUUAGAAUGUAAACCAUCAAUGAUCACAAGACGUCCAAGAUGA